AUGAAAAACCAUUUAUAACAAAUGCAAACAUAGAUUGUUUCUUCACAAUAAAAAAAAAAAUUAAUUGUAACUUAAAACCAAGCUCAAAAGACAGCAUUUGACUAUAUUGUAUUAGUAAAUAAACCAUUAAAGAUAAAAGAGCCAAUCACACCUAUAAAAGAAGAAAAACCUGAAUCAGUAAAAGACAUAAGGAGAUAAAAACUAAUUAAUAAAAUAAAAAAAUUGAAUGAAGAGUAGGCUUCAAAGGAAUCUAAAACUCAAUUUACUAAUACUUCUGAGUUUUUAAAUUAUAUAGAUGAACAUAAGACUGAUUUGAAGCUUAAAAAAAAAAGUAUUGCCACCUCCUAAACAGCUCAUAAGAGCAAUAAUUAGAAAGACAGGUGA